GAUACCACAUAAAAGCUGAGAUCCAGCGCUCUGAAGUCUGCCAUCAAUCCUUUCAUUCUGAAGAGGAGAGGAUACCGUCACGGCGAAGCUUUGUCGCCGGUAACAGCGAUGGGUUCCAUGGUGAGCUCUUGCUGCGGCGAUGAGAAGGUCACACAAGGAUUUGCUGGUGGAGGACCAGAGAGCACAACAUGGAGGUUGUUCACAUAUAAGGAGCUUCAUGCGGCCACUAAUGGCUUCAGUGAAGAUUACAUGCUUGGUGAGGGAGGAUUUGGAAGUGUGUAUUGGGGGAAGACUGCAGAUGGGCAUCAGAUAGCCGUUAAAAAGCUGAAAGCUAUGAAUUCAAAAGCUGAGAUGGAAUUUGCGGUGGAGGUUGAGAUUCUGGGAAGGGUGAGGCAUAAGAACCUGUUGGGUCUAAGAGGAUAUUGUGCUGGAGCAGAACAGAGGCUUAUUGUUUAUGAUUAUAUGCCAAAUCUUAGCUUGCUGUCGCAUCUUCAUGGUCAAUUUGCCACUGAAACGCAGCUGGAUUGGAAGAAGAGGAUGAACAUCAUUACUGGAUCUGCAGAAGGCCUUGUGUACCUCCACCACGAGGCAACGCCGCACAUCAUCCACCGGGACAUAAAAGCCAGCAACGUAUUGCUAGACUCCAACUUCGACCCCCUCGUCGCAGACUUCGGGUUCGCAAAGCUAAUGCCGGACGGCGUAAGCCAUAUGACCACCCGCGUAAAAGGUACGCUGGGUUAUCUCGCCCCCGAGUACGCUAUGUGGGGCAAAGUCUCCGAAAGCUGCGACGUCUAUAGCUUCGGCAUCCUGCUCCUCGAGCUCGUCUCCGGCCGCAAGCCCAUCGAGAAGCUCGCCGGCGGGAUCAAGCGCACGAUCACCGAAUGGGCCGAGCCGCUCAUCGCCGCCGGCCGUUUGGCAGAGCUUGUCGACCCGCGCCUCCGCGGCGAAUUCGAUAGCCAGCAAUUGCGCCGCAUCAUCCACGCCGCGUCCCGAUCGGUCCAGCCUGAACCGGAUCGCCGGCCGAGCAUGCGCCAAGUGCUUGAUAUUGUGCUCGGUACCUCCCCUGCUGCCGAUCCGGCUAAGAACAGCAAGUUGGGCAAUGCGAAGGAUAGUGAAGUGGGGAGUUCGGGCAUUAGCUCCAGUUCCGGUGCGUUGAGGCUGAAGAGCAUCAAAUACGGGAAAGAGCUUAUGGCGAUGGAUGAUGAUAACAGCAAUGAUGGUGAUAACGAAUAUGAUGAUGAUGAGGAGGAUGAUGAAAGGGAACGGGAGUUGAGCAAUAGCAGCGGUGAUGGGGGGAAUGGAGAGAGCAGGAGUAUGUAUGGGGUUUUUGGGGCGAUAGAGGUGCAGAAAAUGGGGAGAAACAGCUAUGGCCAGAAAGGGGAUGAGAUUAGGCGGACGGCGCUGCGUGGGUGAUUAUGGCGAUCGAAGGAGAGAAAGAACCAAACGAAGCCUAAGGGUCUACAUGAUGGCAAUAGAAAUGAUAAGGGGUGUCAAAUUGCUUGGGUCUACAUGAUGGCAAUAGAAGUGAUACGGGAUGUCAAAGUGCGUGUUUGUCAUCUACGAUCUCUUAGUAUUUGUUGGGCCCACUUUUAUCAAGAUCUUAUCAUAAAUUGUGAGAUAUCAUAAUGGGAAGCCCUGUAUUUGUUGCUCAAACACCUCAUGACAUCAACGACCUUCAAAGAAGAACUCAGAAUCAUAUGUGAGUCUAUGUUUAGAUAUGCGCAUAUGUGUAUUGAUUUGUUGGGUUGUACUUCAUUAAUAGUCGAUGUGAUAUGGAAAAUGAUAAUAUUUGCAUCUUGAUUUCUUUAGAGCAUUAACUAUCUAUAGGAAGCUUUUCAAUGGCCUAGGAUUUCUUGGCCAACAAGAAACAUCAACC